AUGAGGACAUCCCUCAACACUGCCAACACUGUCCCGCGGCGUGGAAGCAGCGCCGCGCCGGACUCGCUCUCUCACGAUGACAUCCUCUUCCCCAAAGUCUUCGAAGACGCCUGGGGCUCUGACAGCUCGACCGACAGGCGCUCCGAUCUCGAGCGCGCGCGCAUCUUUCUCUUGCGCUUCGUGAAAAUGUCUCCUGACACGAGGAUCAACGCUGAAGUUCAGGCCAUUGUCAUGGACCACAACAACGCGACGAUACCUGCCGUUGCGAGCGCCAUCCAGAUGCGCCUCUUUGGCAACAGCCAUGCCAGUUUUGCGACGACACCGUUGAUGCAGUGUGUUCGCUUCAUGCUCAUCAAGGCCCGUGUCCCCAGCAUGGUCUUCUCCGAAAAGACCAAGACCAUCAUGGACUUCUUCUUCGACCCGUCCCUCGCCCGCAACCUCGAGCCCGCGCCUGCAACUCCCGUCAACGAGCGCGGCCGCAGCUAUGCGCUGGGUCUCGCGUUUGACCGCCCGGCCGGCCUGGCGUGGUCCCAACCCCUCAAUGUCUUUCUGACCCUUGGCCAGACCCGCUACCUGUUGAAUGCCAGUGACUUUGACGGCCGUGGCUACCUCAACAUGCAGCUGACUGAGGAGGAGUGGGACAAGAUGGUCUCGGUUGACGGCAAAUUUGUCACUUUCGGUAAUCCCGGCUGCUUGAGACGACCAGACGGCUCGGUGCCCCAAGGCUUCAACGAAAGUCAGGCCGUCAGAGAGGGCGUCCAGCUUCUGCCUCCUGCGGACUCGAUGCUCAUCAACCGACCCCAUGCCCUCGUGGCUGUUGCAGGGGAUGCCGCCAUGACCGUCCACUUCUGGCCUGGCCGUGGCCUCAAUAGCGGCAUCAAGUCCGGAAUCGCCCUUGGUGACGAGAUUGUUCACGCCCUCAACAGCGGCCGCUUCAUCGGUCUGCCCCUUGACGCCAUGAAGGAGUACAAUGAUUUCAUCAUGAAGCUCCAAGGUCGCGAGCACGACAAGCGUAGCAUUCCCAUCCUCAAUCAGUCCGGCUCCCCCGAGAUGCUCGGCUGGCUGCUGAGCAAGGCCCACACCGUACCCGACGAAGUGGCCAUCGAGUGGCUCAUCGGCGCCAUGACCCAGAUUGCCGAUCGCCUGGAGCAGAGGCCCGACUGGGCGUUCCCGCCAGUGGCCAACGUCGAGCCGCAGCUGCGCAUCGUGCUGCGGCAACUCAACUCGGUGACGCUGCGCGAGAUGGCCGUCAGCUUCCCCUGGCCCACGCGCGAGAUGGGUGGCGCCGAGGUCCUGCCCAUCCGGUCCAUGAAGCCCGAGGAGAAGCAAAAGUGGCUGCAGCAGCUCUGGGGUCUGCUGAGCGCCGAGAAGGGCAGAGAGACAGGACACAAGCGCGUCUCGUCGCGGGACAACUCGGCCCUCAAGUCGCCGUCGGCCUCGCGAUUCGAGGCGCCACGCAAUCCUGCAUCAAAGGUGCCUCGCGCCCCGUCGCCGUCGCCGCAGUUCCUUGCUCCUGAGCCCCAAGGGACGGCGCCGCAGCGCACCGAGUCACAGCUAAGGCGGAGCAAUGCCGUGGGUAGGAGCCGCAGCAAUUCUCGUGCCGUCUCGCCGGGGCCCGCGGAGACGAAUCACAUGGUACCAGGGGCUGCUGUCGAGUAUCCGCUGCCCCUGAGACCGCGGUCGCCAUCGGCAGGAGGCGAUGUCAACCUGGGAAGGCUGCUGAGUGUGAGCAAGAGGCCUGGUAAGGGCGUUUUGUCAGAUGCUAUGUCAUUGGCGUUAUUCCGAGUGGAUGGGUCUGAUUAG